CUUUCCUCCCAACUUGUCCCAACAGACACCUUCAUAUUUUCUCCCCUUUUUCUUUCUCCUCUUUUUCCUUUUAAAUUAUCCCUCAAAAUGGUAUGUCCCUUAUUCUUCUAUAAAUAUGAUUCACUUUUUUCUUUCUUUCUAAGUUCUAACUAUACUUUACAUACAUCAACUUUUAUAACUCCUUCUCUCAUUCUUUUUUUCUUUUGAGAGUUAUUUUGAAUUUUCUCCAUGGAUAACAAGCUUAGAAACCCUAGCUAUACAAGCAUAGUCAAUUCAAACAAACCUAAAACCCUUGCUUUGCAUAGGGACUCUCACACAAUAUCAAAGAUCAAACCAAAGAUAAGAAUAAUUCACAUAUUUGCACCUGAGAUAAUCAAAACCGAUGCUGAGAAUUUUAGGGAGCUUGUGCAGAAGUUAACCGGGAAACCAAGUGAAGACAAAAAGAAUUUCAAGAAGAAGACAAGGGUAAUUGAAGAAUCUUCAAGGAGCACUAGUAGUGGAAGUGGUUUAUCAUCAGAGGAUUGUCCAAGAAAGGAGUUGUUGAGCAAUGGUGGAUUUUGGGGGUUGGAUGUGACAAUGGAUAGAGUGAUCAAAGAAGAAGUAAGAGACGAGAGCUGUGGUGGGUAUUUAGGUGGGUUUUCUGAUUUGGAAGGGUUUAUUUCAGAGAUUAAUGGUGGAUUUCCUUUGUUUCCUUUGGAUGCUAGUCACAAUAUGCAAGGGUUUGAACAAUACCAUCAACAUCAACAUCUAUAGGAUAUAUAUAAAUCUAUAGAUACAAAUGUUAUGCCUUCUAGCUAGAUAUAUACAGAUCUAUUUAUAUUUUCUUCACUUGUAGCUUAUUUAUGUUUGAUUGUGAAAUAUUUUGGGUUUCUUCUUGUGAUAUAUAUAGAAUGGUUCAUUCAAGAGAUGAUGAUCAUAUUAUAAAGAAAUUUUGUCUAAUCCAAGAUUUGUUGUAGUGUGUUUUCAUUUCUAUGUGGAGAGAGCAAAUUAUGUAUUAAGAGUUUGUUUUUUAGAUCCAACUCCUAUUCACCACUUGAAAAAAUUUGUCGUAAAGCCUCACCACACUAGGUUGAUAGGACACAUUUUGAUUCUAUUUUUAGAUUAAAAAUACUAAUAAUUAAAGUUCCUAUUAAGAAUAUAAAGUUGGCUAUAAAUUAGUUAUGAUAAUUCUUAGUUAGUUAUAAACGUAUAUCAUAUUAGUCUCAUUGUUUCAUUAUAUAUAAUUUUGUUUAACAUGGUGACUUAUGGAAGGUGGCGUUUGACUAGUUUGAGCAAGUUUUUUUUUUGUUUGUUUUUUUUUUUUACAGAAGUUGUUUGUUUGUUAAUAUUUGUGCUUUAUAUGGAAGUCUGUUGUUCGAUGAUAUGAUUCUUUGUUGCUUUGAUUUUGUUUAGCCAACUUGUUAGAACUAUACAUACAUAGAAGAGAAAGAGAGAAUCAGCUAGAAAUUUAUACUUCAUAUUAUGAUUGUGUACAUUCACUAAUGAAUUAAUGAGAGGGUUAUCUUACAAAUUCUAGCUUGAUAUUUUUCUUUAUCCUAUUGCCUUUAUCUAUAUAUUUACUUUCUGUUUUGGAAUCAGAGCUAUUCGAUGAACGGUAAAAUAAAAUUUUGAUA